UGGAUAAUGACAACGCUGGGAUGAUGUACAGCAGUAAGGGAUGUCCAUCAAUAAAUAAAAUAGGAAGUUUUCGGCAGUGGUCUGACAGGAAAGUCUCCACGGAGUCAGAUUUCAGAGCUGGAGCACCGAAUUGCAGUGAGUCACACAGAGAGCCUGAGAGCUGCCUUUGUUCCACUUGUGUCUGAACGUUGGAGGAGAAACAGCAGGCUCCAGUUUUUAUUAACUUCUUAUUUUCAUAAGCGUAAAACUCAUGUGCACUGAACUUUUUCCUCACUUGAGGUCUUUCAACUGACUUUCAAAAAAUGCUCUCAUGGCAUGCCUGGUGGACCUGGGACUUGCUGCUACUGAUUUUUGGCUUGUCAAUCCAUGCUGGUCCAGCAGCUCAGAUCAUAGAAGAACGAGGCUCAAAAGGACAUCUUGACCUCACAGAGUUAAUAGGAGUUCCUCUUCCUCCUUCUGUCUACUUUGUCACUGGCUAUGGAGGGUUUCCAGCUUACAGCUUUGGUCCAGAUGCUAACAUUGGUCGAUUGACAAGUGCUAUAAUACCAUUGCCUUUCUACAGAGAUUUCGCUAUCGUAGUUACAGUGAAACCAAACAGUGACCAUGGAGGAGUGCUGUUUGCAAUAACAGAUGCCUUCCAGAAAACUAUUUACCUGGGAAUGAGACUUUCACCAGUUGACGACAGCACCCAGCGAAUAAUCAUGUACUACACAGAGCCUGGUUCCCACAUCUCCCGAGAGGCUGCUUCAUUUAAAGUGCCCGUGAUGACUAACAGGUGGAAUAGGUUUACAGUGACUGUUCAGGGAAAUGAUGUUGCUUUGUUCAUGGACUGUGAAGAAUAUCAGAGAGUUCAGUUUCAAAGGUCAGCUCAAGCUUUGGUAUUUGAAUCUGGCUCUGGGAUAUUUGUUGGCAACGCAGGAGCCACAGGAUUGGAAAAGUUCACAGGCUCAAUUCAACACCUGACAAUCAAAUCUGACCCAAGGGCUACUGAAGAUCAUUGUGAAGAUGAUGAUCCUUAUGCUUCAGGGGACAUGAGCGGCAAUGGCAGCAUUCAAGAAAAUGAAGGUAUUUCUGAGACACAAGAAGUCCUUGCACCUUCCCAUCUUCCCAUAAGGCCUGAAGAUACAUUGGCUGAGCCAGUGGAAGCACCCCCAACUAUAGUGUCUUAUUUGGAAGAAAACGACUUCUCUGGAAAUCACAGACCAGAAGAAACCUCUGAAGCAGAUAAGCUUAGAGAACGAGAUUCAGGUGUCAUGGAAACUGGACAAGGGAACAGUUCAUCUACCACUGUCACACAGAAAAUCUUAAGAGAAGAUGGUGGCUCUGGUGCUAGUUUUUUGCCAGGAGAAAGCAGAGAGGAGGGCCAGAAAGGUCAGGAAGAAGACGGGUCCACAGGAUCUCCAGGAAGGCCAGGAGUAGAAGACGUGCAGAAAAAAGAUCAAGGACCUCCUGGACUUCCAGGGAAACUUGGAGAACAGGGUCAGCCGGACAUUCCUGGUAAAUAUGGGUUACCGGGUAACAAUGGACUUCAGGGGUUACCAGGACUGAAAGGAAAAGCAGGCCAAAAAGGUGAAAAGGGUGAUCCUGGUGAGGGAUUGCCAGGACCUCCUGGACUACCAGGACCCGCAGGACCAUCUGCUCCUUCCAGAGGUUUAAAUAGACUGGAACCUGAAGAAUCGGGUUCUGGAGACAUUGACAGAGAGACUGAGAUUUUAAGAGGUCUUCCUGGGCCACCAGGCCCUCCAGGACUGCCUGGUCUUCCGGGAAAACCAGCACCUGAUGCAGGUGUAGGACCUCCUGGGUCACCAGGGGAAGAUGGAGCUUCUGGUGAACGAGGCCCUGAAGGUCCUCAAGGUCUUCCUGGUCUUGAUGGAGUGGUUGGCCAACCUGGACAGAAGGGAGAAAAGGGUGAUCAAGGUCUUCCUGGUUCUGUUGGUCCAAAGGGUGAUACUGGAGUCACUGGAUCAAUAGGCCCCAAAGGAGAAGCUGGUGCUCUUGGGUCUCCUGGGAAACCUGGACCACCAGGGCCUCCUGGGCCCCCUGGGCCCCCUGGACCUCCUGGACCCCCAGGACUAAGCUACGGUUUGGGAUUUGAGGACAUGGAAGGAUCAGGUAGCAUUAGCCUGUUAAGUGAAUCCAGAAUUCCAGGAUCAAGAGGGCCAAAGGGAGAAAGAGGCAACAUUGGUCCACCAGGCUCAAAGGGAAUGCCGGGUACAGAUGGAAAACCAGGCUUUCCUGGCAUCGCUGGACAUCCCGGAGACGUGGGUCCAAAAGGGGAGAAGGGUGACCCAGGACCUCAGGGUGAACCAGGGCAGGACGGGAAUGGUAUCGUGGGACCGCCUGGACCACCAGGACCACCAGGACCAAUCAUAGCAAUACCUGAGCUACUACUCAAUGAUACAGAUGGAAUUUUUAACUUUACUGGAAUUAAAGGACUGCUUGGGCCUCCAGGGCCAGAUGGCAAGCCAGGUCUACCAGGAUUUCCUGGCCCUCGGGGACCAAAGGGUGAUACUGGUUUGCCUGGAUCACAAGGACCCAAAGGACAACAGGGUGAAAAGGGAGAACCAGGAGCUAUCAUUGCUGCUGAUGGAUCUUUAACUGAAUUAUUAGGACGAAAAGGGGAGAAGGGUGAAGCUGGAGUGGUGGGACCAGUGGGACCAAUGGGACCAAUAGGACCUAUUGGACCUAAAGGAGAACUUGGUUUCCCAGGACGUCCAGGCCGCCCAGGACUGAAUGGACUGAGAGGUGUGAAAGGUGAUCGAGGCGAAGCGCUUAGUGGCCUUCCUGGCUUGCCUGGACCCCCAGGACCCCCUGGACCUCCAGGACGUAUAGUUUAUAUCAAAGGAACAGUUUUCCCAGUCUCUCCUAGACCUCAUUGCAAAAUGCCAGUGAGCACCCUUUACCCUGGAAAUCAAGAAGCUGUUAAUGUCCAUGGUGGGAAAGCACACAGAGAUUCCUGGGGGCUGCACAGCUCAGCAGACUUAAAAGGGGAAAAGGGAGACAGAGGUGAUCCAGGACCACCAGGUCCACCUCUGUCUCCAUCAUAUUUCAGCCACUUUAUUAAUAGCAUAAAGGGUGAAAAAGGAGACAAUGGAGUCACUGGUGUAAAAGGAGAAAAAGGAGAACCAAAUGGAGGGUUUUUUCUGACAGGACCUCCUGGACCACCUGGAAGACCAGGAUUAGUUGGACCAAAAGGGGAUUCACUAGUGGGACCCAGAGGACCUCCGGGGUUACCUGGCCUACCUGGCUUACCGGGUUAUGGAAAAAUUGGACCUCCUGGCCCACCUGGCCCACCAGGCCCACCAGGACCUCCUGCAAUAUAUGGCUCAGCAGCUGCGAUGCCUGGGCCACCAGGUCCUCCUGGAGAGCCAGGGUCACCUGCAACCAGGAAUCUGGUUACAACAUUCAAAAACAUCGAGGGUAUGUUGGAAAAAGUUCAUUUGGUAGCAGAAGGUACGCUAAUCUACCUGAGUGAGACCAGUGAGGUUUUUAUCCGUGUUCGAAAUGGAUGGAGAAAAUUGCAGCUUGGUGAGCUAAUUCCUAUCCCUGCUGACAGCCUUCCUCCUCCAGCCCUAUCAAGCCAUGGAUUUCAGUCUCUUCCGGCACUGAGUCCGAUAUCAAAUAUGAACAAUGGGAAACCAGCACUGCAUCUGGCGGCUCUAAACUUACCAUUUUCUGGUGACAUGCGAGCAGAUUUUCAGUGUUUCCAACAAGCCCAACUAGCAGGCUUGACAUCUACCUAUAGAGCCUUCCUCUCAUCACAUUUGCAAGAUUUGGCCACAGUUGUCAGAAAAACAGACCGAUACAAUUUACCAAUAGUCAAUCUUAAGGGAGAAAUACUUUUCAAUAACUGGGAAUCUAUAUUUAAUGGAAAUGGUGGACAAUUCAACAUUCAUGUUCCAAUAUAUUCCUUUGAUGGGAGGAACGUCAUGACUGAUCCAUCUUGGCCUCAAAAAAUAAUAUGGCACGGUUCAACUACAAAUGGGAUCCGACUGGUUAGCAGCUACUGUGAAGCCUGGCACACAGCUGAUAUGGGAGCUACAGGACAAGCAUCACCACUGAAGACAGGGAAACUUCUUGAUCAGAAAGUUUAUAGCUGUAGUAAUCAGUUCAUUGUUCUCUGUAUUGAAAACAGUUUUGUAUCUGAUCCCCAAGGAAAAUAAUUCACCUGUUGCACAUAGGAAUAUUCCAUUUUACGGCAGAAAAAGCUGACACUGAAAUUUCAUCUGAAAUGAUGUAAAUAUUUUAUUUUUUGUAAUUGCACAUUUCAGGAAAAAAAUUAGCCAAAGAAAACAUACCUCAACACAAACCACAUUCCAGUUAGGUGGAACAGCCAGUGCCCAUGCGGCUGACUUAAAGCCCUUCCCUCCGCUUGAACCCCACACGGUUCAAAGUUUGCCAACAGCUAACGCACAGCCCCCUUGUCUUUCUGGCUGAGCUGAAGAUCACUUACAGGGCACAAGUCGUGCGUGGGCUAUGAGGAAGCCCCAGCUGCCUGCCUCAUAAACCGUAUGGCUCGGCACGGCGGCUGCUGCUUCACCGUUGAGAAGCUGCCCGCUCCAUGCUCUCCUUUUCACCGGCCUAGAUUUUGAAUACCCAAGGCACUACUCAUAUAUAUGUAUACAGACACACUGUCCCUGAGCAAAUAACGGGAGACUUACAUCUUACAGGGCUGGAAUUUUCAAAAAGCUUUAAGAACCAAGGUGCUCCCCUCCUCUGGGUUUCAGUGGAAGCUGAGUACCUAGCUCCUGUAAGCUUGUACAGAUCGCAGCCUGGUGCUUACACAUAAGUUUAGCAGCUUCCACAUCUUACUUCAGCUUUUUUCUUUGCAGAUUCUAGGCGUAGGGCUUUAUGCAGGAGGAGUGAAUUUCACCUCGACAAAAUCUGGUCCUUAUUUUGGUGCUAUCGUUACCAGGAAACCUGGAGCAAUGUUAAUAGAAAACAUCCUGUUUUACUGGUAGAACUGUGCAAAGUAAAUGCAGACAAAUGAACCAUCUGACCUUUAUUUAUUUCAUUACGUAUUAGAGGAAGUCAUUUCCUGUUGUGGCAGACUGCUGAAUGAAAGAUGUCUGUCUUGAUUUCUUUAAAAUAGGUUCUAGACAUUGUUAUCCCACUAAGUUAUAUGUAAAGUGAUUUUCCUUUUUGUGAAUUUACCCUUCUCGCAUUCACAUAAUUAAAGAAUUGUUAAUAUAAAUUAACAUCAGCAACAAUAGGAAUUAUCAGUAAGUGCUAACAUUCUUUGCAAGCAGUAUCACUAUAAUAUCUGAAGUCUUUUGCCUAUAUACUUGCCUACUGCAUACUUUGAACAACAUAUUUACUUAUAUUUUAUCAGGCAGUAACUAUGGAGGCCAAACUCCACAUUAUCAUUUUUUAUGAUUUAAUCUACAGUCUGUGCUCAUUUGAUGACAAAUAGAGUAUUAGAUUACUAGAUUGUGACCUUCAAAAGAGAAAAACAAACCACACUUACUCUACUAAACUCAUACAAUUAUAUAGCAUAAUAUUGUGAAAUCCAGCUUUCUUUUUCCAAUUUACUAUAAAAGCUUAUUUCCCAGGGUCAGCUGCAUCAUAUCUUCUUUUUUUUUUUUCUUUGAAAACUCAUGACUCCAUUAUCACAAGAUGGCAAUGUGGCAAAACCAGUUUAUAUUAUAUUUAAAAUGUAUGUACAAGAAUUCACUGCGCUCAUUUAUAGCCCAUUUCCCUAAAAUGCUGAGCGCUCUUGCGACAUGUCAAAUUCCUUCAGUUCACACAGUGGGAGGAGUUGCGUACGUACAGCAGAGUUUCACUCCGAGUCACAUAAGGUUCGAGGGGGAAAAUAAAAUGCUUUUACGUGCUUCCAGCAGGAACUACCUCCCUGUAAUCCUGUAACUGCUGGCAGACCCCCAGCUCGGCCGAGGCACGGCCGGCGGGGUUUACGCUCGCAGCCAGUCACCCCCCAGCCACCAUCCCCAGCCCUCGCUCUUCCAUGCAGCCGGGGGGCUGGCGAUUUCUGUGCCUAUAACUGCAGGGACACGAGGGGGGGGGAAGGUGGGAUCACACGGAAGAGCUGUGUGGAGGGGAUGGAGAGAAGACUGAAAAGCAGCACGCGGUUUGGGGGAGAUACUGAACUAGCGUUUAAGUCAGGCCCGGCAAAAACGCCGCCGGAAUUCUGUUUGUGCCCGUCCUCUCACAGGGCUAACCCCUCUCUGGAUCCUGAAUAGCUGCUAGAGCUUAGCAGGGAACUGAAUUGGUUAAGCAUCAUCAGCGAGAUGUUACAGGACUCUCCGUGGUUGCUUCCCACCUCUAACGUUAAUCUGCAGGCUGCAGGAAUUUAUUGCACAGCCUUCAACUUAGUACAGAGCAUGAACCGUGCGUGGUCUGGGCUGCAGUGGUGCGAAGGGCACACGCCGGCAAGGGAUACACCUUACCAGAGAACAGCACGACAGAUCUGUUAGAAAGAUGAGGGUUUCCUUGGAAAGAACACUUUUUGUCAUUUUAACCAGAGCCAGUGAGGCCCUUUAUACUCCCUAGUAUAACUGAAGAGAAACAGUAAGAUUCAUCGAGGACAUGACAGAAAAAAAUAGCCCGGUACUUAAAAAUAAAUUAGCUUUCCCUAUAAAAGCAGAAUACUUCUUUUCAGCAUGAUUCCAAUCCAUAGGCCAUGUGCACUCAAGGAAGGACAUUUGCUAAUUCAGGUAAGGAACUGUGUAUAAAGCAAAUGAAUCACUAAAACGAGCACCAGAGCAAGGUUGAAAAGCAUAACUGCACUUAGAAACCUAUGUAGCAGUCUGCAUGAAUGAAAUCAGAGUAUGAGGAAAAUAAUAGCCUUCUGUCUUUAAGAGGAAGGCUCUGGCUGAAAGAAUCCAUUUGUUUUGAAGCUUUGAUGCACUUUAAAAUGAAGAAGUUAAUGCACUGUAAAUACAGAGGAGAUUAAAAUCUUAUAAACCA